CUCUUAGAAGAGAGAAGCCCACUGUGGUUUGGAGGUCCCUUGCUGAGAAAAUGACUGGUUAGAUUAGGGGGACAAGGCCACCAUACCCUAAAUUUCCUUCUCAUGAGUCUCAUCAUAUCGGUGUACUCAGAUUCCCUUCUCAUACGUCUCUGCUUGGCCCCACAAAAUUAACCCUUUUGAAUACAAAUAUAAAUAGCAACAUAUAUAGUCUUCUACAUCCCAUCACAUAUAAUAUCUCGAGCACUUCUUAAUCACCUCCCACACACUAAUUAACUGUAUCUUUCUAGUUUCUUGUCUCUCUACGAAUCAUGCACUCCUUCAAAUCCUCACUUUUCAUUUUUCUCUUGUCUCUUUCCAUGCACGCAAUAUGUAAUGCUCGAAAUAUUGGGGUGGUGAACGAGGGUUUUCAUGCAAAAGUCUUGUUCUCUGCCAAGGUUGGAGAGAAAGUUGAACACAGCACAGAUACAGUUCAUGGAACUAAUGAUAGAGAGGGCGCCAUCCGUGGAAAGAGUAGUGCUCCUGGUGCUGCAAUUAUGACUCGAGAAUCAAAGGAUUCAAAGGCUAUCACCAAAAGUUCAGGUAUUCAGAUUCUUAAGUCUCUUAACGGCCUUGUGGUAUCGCUUAAGGCAAUGAAUAUAGAGGGAUAUUCAACAAGGCGAGCACUAUCAGUAGCAGGAUUUGGUUCCAAUAAUGUCAAGAAAGCCAUGGAAUCCGGUGAGAACGAAGUAGAAGAGGAUGCUGAGGUGAUAGAUUAUGAACCACCACAUCGGACGCCACCAAUUCACAAUAGAAAAACCUUAGUUAUAGCUGUCUAAUAUAGUAUUUCAUGAAAACGAAAUUAAUGGUCUCUACAACUUUGACUACACACACCACCACACACUCUCUUUGGUAUAGGAAACAGAAGGUUCUUAGAUUGAAAAAGAUUUAAGUAGAAGCAAGCAUGCAUGAAGGAUGAACAAUUAGCAUUGGCCAGGAUAUAUAUAUAUAUAUAUAUAUAUAUAUAUAUAUAUAUAUAUAUAUAUAUAGAUGGGUAUUGCAUACGGAUGGCUUAGUACGUAGGGAACCCUCAAUGUUGUAAUAAUAUUUGUUCUUAUCUUUUGGUUCUCAUG